CGAUUUUAUCUGUGAUAUAUGUUGCAGUGUGUAGCAUAUCGUCACAAUCCAAGACAGAAGUGAACUAGAAUAUACAACAGGUAUUCGUUUUGUAGCAGCAAUAAGCUGCAUAGCAGUGUUGUUUUUUUCUAUGGUGUUGCGUGACUGAAGAAAAUUACGACGAUAUUGAAGUUGGCGUCCCCAUAAAUAGGACUGCUGUAAGGAAGGAGUUUGUGCGAGGCUCUACACUACCAGGAUGAAGGGUGUCAAACGUUGUGUGAAUGAUAUCAUCAAGUCAGCUGAAGAUAAGCGAUUAUAUCGUUGUCUAGAACUGCAAAAUGACAUGAAAGUUUUACUUAUUAGUGAUAGUAGUACAGACAAGUCAUCAGCAUCUCUGGAUGUAAAUGUUGGUCACAUGAGCGACCCUUCCCGCUUGCCUGGUCUGGCACACUUCUGUGAGCACAUGCUCUUCCUAGGAACAGAGAAGUAUCCCUCAGAGAAUGAGUAUAGCAAGUUUCUGUCUGAACAUGGCGGUGGUUCCAAUGCCUGUACAUAUUCGGACCACACGAACUACUACUUUGAUGUCGUGCCGGAACAUUUUGGAGGAGCAUUAGAUAGGUUUGCACAGUUCUUCUUAUGCCCCCUUUUCACGGAAAGUGCAACAGAGCGAGAAGUGAAUGCUGUCAACUCAGAACAUGAGAAGAAUAUUCCCAAUGAUUCGUGGAGACUUGAUCAGCUGGAAAAGUCUACUGCAAAGAAAGACCAUGCUUUUAAUAAAUUUGGGACAGGAAAUAAACAAACUCUGGAUAUUAUACCAAAAGAAAAUGGAAUCAAUGUACGUGAAGAACUAUUAAAGUUUCAUGAUACAUGGUACUCAUCCAACAUCAUGGCAUUGGCCAUUUUAGGGAAAGAAAGCUUGGAUGAGUUAGAGAGGAUGUCUGUGGAACUCUUCUUGGAUGUGAAGAACAAGAAUGUCACAGUCCCAAGAUGGACUGAGCAUCCAUUUGGUCCUGAGCAGCUUCAGAUGAAAGGUUAUAUUGUUCCAGUGAAGGACAUCAGAAAUCUUAACAUCACAUUCCCAAUACCGGAUCUCCAUGAAUAUUAUAAAGCAGGGCCAGGUCAUUACCUGAGCCACCUGUUUGGUCACGAGGGUCCAGGGAGCUUGCUGUCUGUGUUGAGAACGAAGGGUUGGUGCAACAGUCUUGUGGGUGGUGCUCGAACAGGUUCACGAGGAUUUGGCUUCUUUGGUAUCAAUGUUGACCUCACAGAAGAAGGGAUUGAACAUGUCGAUGAUAUUGUCAAACUUGUAUUUCAGUAUGUGAACAUGCUAAAACAAGAUGGACCAAAGGAAUGGAUUUUUCAAGAAUAUAAGGACAUUAUAUCCAUGCAUUUUCGGUUCAAGGACAAGGAAUCGCCAAGAAGUUAUGUAUCAAACAUAGUGCAUAACCUUCAUGAUUAUCCAUUAGAAGAAGUAUUGUCAGGCUGUUUUCUCAUCAGCGACUGGAAACCCGAUCUCAUAGAGAUGGUGCUGGGGUAUCUUACUCCUGAAAACAUUAGGGUUGCAGUUGUUGGCCAGAUGUUUGAACCUGUGUCGAAUGAAGUAGAGAAGUGGUAUGGAACAAAGUACAAACUGGAGAAGAUACCAGAAUCAGUGCUAGAUGAGUGGAGGAGUCCUAACUUGUGUUGUGAUCUGAAACUACCACCAAAGAAUGAGUUUAUACCAACAGACUUUGAUUUGAUGCCACGUGAAGAGACUGCACCAUUGUACCCAGUUAUUAUUCAGGACACACCACUGUUCAGGGUAUGGUUCAAACAGGAUGACGAGUUUCUACUGCCAAAAGCUAACCUGAGCUUUGAAUUUGUAAGUCCACUGGCAUAUUUGGAUCCCAUUAGCUGUAACAUGACGUAUAUGUUCGUGCAGCUGUUCAAAGAUGCUCUCAAUGAGUAUGCGUAUGCAGCUGAACUUGCAGGAAUGAAGUGGGAGCUCACUAACACCAAAUAUGGCAUGAUUCUUGGUAUUGGUGGAUACAAUAGCAAACAGCAUGUUCUCCUUGAUAAAAUAAUGGAGAAAUUAACUAACUUUAAGAUAGAUUCAAAACGGUUUGAGAUACUGAAAGAAAAUUAUGUUCGAGGACUAAAGAAUUUUGAAGCAGAGCAACCUUACCAGCAUGCGGUCUAUUACCUGGCAGUUCUGCUGGCAGAACAAGCCUGGACCAAAGAAGAACUUCUUAAUUCCACUGGUGAAUUGACACUGGAGAAGGUUGAAGCAUUUAUUCCACAAAUCCUCUCAAAGAUGCACAUAGAAUGUCUUAUUCAUGGAAAUGCUGAUAGACAGAAAGCCCUGAGCCUGGUGCAUCUUGUAGAGGAAAGGCUACAGUGUUCUGUGUCCUUAUGCCCAUUACUGCCUCGCCAGCUUCUGCGCAACAGAGAACUCCAGCUGGUGGAUGGUUGUCAUUAUGUAUUUGAAGUCGGUAACAGACUACAUCGCAGUUCAUGUACUGAGAUAUAUUACCAGUGCCAUCUGCAGUCGACACACACUAACAUGCUGCUUGAAUUGUUAGUGCAGAUUAUCGGUGAACCUUGCUUUAACAUUCUUCGCACUAAGGAGCAACUUGGGUACAUCGUGUUUAGUGGGAUCCGGAGAUCCAAUGGAGUUCAGGGUCUUCGUGUCAUUGUGCAAUCAGAAAGACAUCCAAGUUACGUGGACCAGAGAGUUGAAGCCUUUCUGGCAAAAAUGGAAGAAUACAUUGUGGACAUGACUUCUGAAGAAUUUGAGAGGCACAAAGAAGCACUUGCAGCACAACGUCUUGAGAAACCCAAGAAAUUGUCUGUUCUUUCUGCCCGAUUCUGGUCGGAAAUAACGUUACAGCAGUAUCAUUUUGAUAGGGCCAAUAUUGAAGUGGCCCAUCUUCGUACUUUGCAGAAGAAAGACAUACUGAACUUCUUCAAGGAACUGAUUGACCACGAGGCUCCAUGUCGACAUAAGUUGGCUGUCCAUGUAGUGCCCACGGCUGACGGAGUUGCAGGACGUGGGGCAAAUGUUCUGCAUGCUGCUUCAGAUGGCGAGGUCGUUGAUGGAUUUGCGCCUCCUCCACCAGGCAAAGAGCCUACAAAAAUUGAAGAUAUUACAGACUUCAAGAGUAGUCAAGGAAUGUUUCCACUUGUUCAGCCUUACAUCAGUCUUAACACAAACAACACAAAGUCAAAACUGUAAUUAUGUCGUGUCCUUGAAGGGGAGGACAAGAUUAUCGGUUGGUUCUAAACUUUGUGAUUGGAAUAAUUAGUCUUAUGCUGACCAUAUUUUGUCAUUGUUCUUCGGUAUGUGAACAUUAGUGGUUAGUCCAUACUAUCUUUCUAUUUUGCUCUGCGAUGUCCUGCCGACUUCACAGAGACUACUUAAUUGUCGAGCUUUGUAUUUAUGUCUAAACACUUUACUGCAUUGCUGUAAUUAUUGUUGGACACUUCUUAAUUUAAAGAGAAUGAGCAGAAUUUCAGAAAGAUGUUCAGUUACUGUUCACUGGCCAAGAAACAGUGCGCUGCGUCUUUGCCAUGAUGCACUUUCAAAGGCAGAGAGUAAACUGAGAGUGUUGCCUGGAACUCAGUGGCUUGUUGUAUGUACUAAUAUAGUAAUACAAUAAUUGCUUUGUAAGAUUUGAGGUUUUCACAGCGAUGAGUAUGAAGAUUUCUGUCAGAAAUCUUAAUUGCUUUAAGUGAAUCCUGAUAUUUCAAGCAAACUGAUGUAAAGAUACACUAAAGCAGGUCACGUUAUUCAGUAGCAUCAGGGGCUCAGAAUUUUGGCCCAGAUCAGAUCCUUUGUACUUCAUGAUUUCCUACAGUCAGUAUUAAUGUACUACUAGUACUGCUACAAACCUCUGAGUUGGAAGCAUCACUAUCACCACCAUUAGCAUAAUUGAUUAAUAUAUGUAGUAAUACAUAUUCUUUAAUAUCAUGAGUCAUUUUGUCUGAUGGAGGAAGUUCAUUGCAUAUGUAAAAUACCUAAUGUUUAUCUUCUGGCUGUGGAAUUUAUGCUGGUAAGUGUUGUCUGUUUACUUUUGUAUUUGUUUAAAUAAUUGUCGAGUUAUCAGAUUUAUGUUGGUGGAGGAUAAUAUUAAAAUGGAUCUUAAAAAAUAGA